GAGCUGGGCGUGCAGGAGCCUGUGGGUUUUUGGGACCCUCUGGGGCUUGCGGCUGACAAGGACAAGGCCACCUUCAAUCGCCGUCGCGCAGUGGAGCUUAAGCAUGGGCGCAUCGCGAUGUAUGCGACCAUUGGCUACAUAGUCCCGGAAUACUUUCGCUGGCCAGGCUUCUUGUCCCCCUCGUUGGGCUUGAAGUUCUCUGACAUUCCCAACGGCCUUGCAGCUCUUUCCAAGCUGCCCGUGCUGGGUGGCGCUCAAAUCAUCGCAUUCGCGGGCCUCAUUGAGACGACAGGCUUCUUUCAGGCGGCCUCUACCACCGAUGGCCGUGGUCCGCGUGAGGGCCAGUUUUCCAUGAAGGACUCUACCGA